CUGUGUCCAAUCACAGCUGAUCACAUGUAAACAGGGAAAUGCCAGUUAACGGUAUUUCUCUCCCCACGAGCUGUCACGCUCGUGACAGCUGACAGCUCAUGAGGAGAGCCGCCCCAGCAACGCCACCUGUCAGUGUCCAUCAGUGCCAGCUCUCAGUGCUCAUCCAUGCCACCUGCCAGUGCCCAUCAGUGCCACAUCAAUGCCACAUAUCAGUGCCCAUCUGAGGUGCCUUUCAGUGUCACCCAUCAGUGCCAUCAGUGCCACCUAUCAGUGCUGCCAAUCAGUGCCAUCUAUCAGUGCCAGUCAGUGCCGCCUAUCAGUGCCAGACAGUGCCACCUAUCAGUGCCAUAUAUGAGUGCUGCCUUUCAGUGCCCAUCAGUG